AUGGCCCAUAAGGAUGGAAACGAGUCAGACGGUGAUGAAUCUCGAGGUCAGAUGGUUCAACAUGAAUCAGCAUCAGCAGAGGAAGUAAGGAUGUUGAGACAACAAAUGGCUGACAUGUACCAGGCUUGGAUGAAUGGGCAAGCUCCACCAUCUUCAAUCCCUGGAUUCCCGGAUGUGACUAUGUCAAUUCCCAUUGAAACCCCGACAAGUGAUCCACUUUUUCCUCCUGGAUUUGGUCCACAUGUUAACAUAUCCAACACUCCUGGAACUUCCACUGUGCACCCUUCAAAUGCACCCCUCAGAAAUAACCCACUUUUCAUCCCCACUGUACAAACUACUACAAUCCCUCAACUAACAUUGGUACGGAAGUCCAAUAAUGAGCCUCCAUCUAAAGGUCACCACGAUCAAUAUUAUUCUCCGGAAUUGACCUUUAAAGUCCCAGACUCGUAUAACCCCUUUCAGCAGUAUAGUUCCCCCGUCGAGAUCGAGAAAACUGGUAAGAAUGAGGGACAAGAAGAAAUGGCUAGAAAAAUGAAGAGUCUAGAACUGAGUGUGAGGAAUAUGCAAGGAUUAGGAGGUCCAAAAAGCGUCUCAUUCAGAGAUUUGUGCAUGUUCCCCAAUGUUCAUUUGCCCCUUGGUUUUAAGACUCCAAAGUUUGAGAAGUAUGAUGGUCACGGCGACCCCGUAGCACACUUGAAGAAGUAUUGUAACCAACUAAGAGGGGCAGGGAAUAAGGAAGAAUUACUCAUGGCAUAUUUUGGGGAAAGUCUAGUGGGAAUUGCCUCAGAAUGGUUCAUCGAUCAAGAUAUUUCUAAUUGGCCUACAUGGGAUGACAUGGCAGGAGAUUUUGUUCGACAAUUUCAAUAUAACAUUGAUAUUGUGCCUGAUCGCACUUCUCUCGCCAGUAUGAAGAAAACGCCUACCGAGAGUUUUAGAGAAUAUGCUAUCAGGUGGAGGGAACAAGCUGCCAGGUUCAAACCGCCGAUGAAGGAGUCGGAAAUGAUUGAUGUUUUCCUCCAGGCACAAGAACGUGAUUACUUCCACUAUUUGCUUUCCACAGUGGGAAAGACAUUCGCAGAAGCAAUUAAAGUUGGGGAAAUAGUUGAAAAUGGCAUCAAGUCCGGCAAAAUUGUGAGUCAGGUAGCACUCAAGGCUACCACCCAAGCAAUUCAAAAUGGGUCUGGUGGUUUUGGAAAUCGAAAAAAGAAAGAGGAAGGAUCCAUGAUGGCAUCAGGGUCCAAUGCUGCUAAAAGGGGGACAAACCACCAAAUCUUACGAGGACAAUCCAACUCACCUCAACAUUUUUAUCCGCAUCAGGAUCCCCACUACUCAAUUGUUCCAACCCAAUAUACGGUUUUCAACACCCAGGCAUAUGCCCGACCUCCUCAACGCCAACAAUGGAGGGCGCCUGCUCCACAAGGCUUUCGUCCCCAACAACAAAAUCUUCAAGCACCUUAUAAUCCACGCCCUAAGACUGAUUAUGUAAGAGAACAAAGACAGAGGGAAAAUUUCACCCUAAUUGGAGAAUCAUACACAAGCCUGUUGCGGAAAUUGAUACAAUUGGGUUUGAUUGAACCUAUCAUGUCGUAUAAUGUCAACCCAAAUGCAAGAGGUUUUGACCCCACUGUCAGGUGCGAGUAUCAUUUUAACGCUCAGGGUCAUAGCACAGAAAAUUGUUUUACUUUGAAGAGAGCCAUUGAGAAGCUAAUUGAUGACAAAGCAAUUGUAAUACAUGACGAAGAGGCUCCGGAUGUCACCAACAACCCACUUCCUGCUCACAACAAUGCUCAUAUUGUUGGGAUGAUCUGUGACGAUAAGGAAUACAAGCAAACAGGCAAAACAAUAAUGGAAAUUGACACCUUAAAAGAAGGGUUGGGUAUGGUGACAAAGUCUGCACAAGAAGCAUCGUUGUGUGUAAAAGGUGCAAGUUCUAAUGCGAAUCUCAAAGGCUCGGGGAAGUUGAUAUUGUAUGUUCCUGGAGCCACAAAGAAAAAAGAGACAUUAGUAACUGGACCAAAAUUAUAUGUUCGUAGUGGUUUUCCCAGGUUUGGUAAAAACCAGAAUGGUUUAGGAAAGAUGACAGAACCAAUUGUGAUAAAGCACACGACACAAAUUCCAGUGACAAACAUGAAAACUGUCCCAUGGAACUACAACAAAACCACUGUGACUUACAAAGGCAAGGAGAUUGUUGAAGAAAUAGAUGAAACCGGUGGCUUAACGCGUUCUGGAAGGUGUUAUGCUCCAGAAGAAUUAAGGAGAGCCAGACAAGCCAGGGAUAGCCAAUUUCCGGUGAAAAAACCUAUCACUGAAGAAGAAGCUGAAGAGUUCAUGAAGAAGAUGAAAGUUCAGGAUUACUCUAUUGUUGAUCAGUUGAGAAAAACUCCUGCUCAGAUUUCAUUGCUAUCUUUGCUCAUACAUUCUAAAGUGCACUGUCAAGCAUUGAUUAGAAUUCUGAAUGAGGCACAUGUUUCAGAAAAAACAACUGUAAGUCACCUGGAAAAGAUGGCCAAUAGAAUAUUUGAGGUGAAAAGAAUCACUUUCACCGACGAUGAGUUUUCUGUGGAAGGAGCUGGACAUAAUAAGGCUUUGCAUUUAACUGUCAAAUGUGAAGAACAUUAUGUGAAAAGAGUCAUGAUUGAUGGAGGCUCGGGUGUGGACAUCUUCCCCCUCUCUACUUUGCAAAGUUUGAAAAUCAGCACAGAUAGAAUUCGUACUAACAAUGUGUGUGUUCGAGCUUUCGAUGGCGCAAAAAGAGACACUAUUGGUGAGAUUGAUCUUACUUUAAAAAUUGGACCUGUUGAUUUUGGGAUCACAUUCCAAGUUAUAGACAUGGACAUUUCCUACAACUUGCUUUUAGGAAGACCAUGGAUCCAUGCAGCCAGAGCGGUGCCAUCUACUUUACACCAAGUGGUCAAGUUUGAAUAUGAGAAACAAGAAAUUAUUGUUCACGGUGAAGAUGAUCUUUCAAUAUAUAGAGACCCUUCUGUCCCAUGUGUCGAGGCCAAGGAAGGUUGUGAAUCCCUCAUAUUUCAGACCUUUGAAAUAGUGGCAGCUGAUCAGUUUAUGGAAGGGAAGCCUAUCUUAGAGCCUCGUCUAUCCUCUACUUCAGUCAUGGUGGCUACACAAAUGUUGCAAAAUGGUUAUGAGCCAGGAAAGGGCUUGGGAGUGUCAUUGCAAGGAAUUGUUGACCCUAUCUCUGCAUUUGGUAAUCAAGAUACUUUUGGUUUGGGUUUUAGGCCAACUAAUGCUGACAGAAAAUGGGCAAAAGAGCAGAAAAAUAAGGUUUGGAAAUUGCCAAAGCCCGUUCCCCACAUUGCCAAGUCUUUUACUAGGUCACGUUUUGAAGAGAGUAAAGACGUGUCUGUCCAAGAUGACGUGGACGAAAUAUGUCAAGGUCUCAAAGAAAUGUUCUAUGGAGUAAACAUGGUUCAGAUUGGUGAAGGCCCUAGUCAUGCAGAUGUGCAACGUAUUGGCCCAGAAGUCAAGCUCGCCAACUGGGAAGCUACUCAUCUCCCCACAAAGAAGGAGUCUUGUUUCGUUAACGCCGACUCUAAUAACAUGACAUGCAUGCGGAAUUCACGUCCAGAUCUUAAAGAGUUGUCUAAUCUCGAAACAAUGAAUCAAGAGGUUGACGAAUAUGAUGAAGAAAAGGCUUUUGAAGAAAUAAAAAGGGAACUAGAUCAAUUUGAGAAUAAGCCUAAGCCUAAUCUAAAUGAAACCGAGGCAAUUCAUUUGGGAACUUCUGAAGAAACUAGAGAAACAAAGAUAAGCAUUCAUGCCGAGCAAAAGACCAGAGAUGACAUAAUCCAGGUUUUGUUUGAAUAUAAAGAUGUGUUCGCUUGGUCUUAUGAUGACAUGCCGGGUUUGAGCGAUGAUCUGGUAGUGCACAAACUUCCUACAUACCCUGAUUUUCCACCAGUCCAACAAAAGCAAAGAAAAUUUAAGAAAGAGGUGAGUGAUAAGAUUAAAGAGGAAAUCAUGAAGCAAUUGAGUGCAAAUGUGAUCAGGGUCGUCCGAUUUACUACAUGGCUGGCAAAUGUUGUGCCCGUACCAAAAAAGGAUGGGAAAACCAGAGUUUGUGUUGACUAUAGAGAUUUGAACAAAGCCAGUCCAAAGGACAACUUUCCCUUGCAUAACAUUCACAUUCUUGUUGACAAUUGUGCCAAACACGAGAUUCAAUCUUUUGUGGAUUGUUAUGCUGGGUAUCACCAAAUUUUGAUGGAUGAAGAGGAUGCAGAAAAGACCGUCUUCACCACCCCAUGGGGUACUUACUGUUACAGGGUUAUGCCAUUUGGUUUGAAGAACGCAGGGGCAACUUACAUGAGAGCUAUGACUACUAUUUUGCACGACAUGAUGCAUAAAGAAAUCGAAGUGUAUGUCGAUGAUGUGAUCAUUAAGUCCAAAACUCAAGCUGACCAUGUGUGUGAUCUGAGAAAGUUCUUUGAAAGAUUGCGGAAGUACAACCUCAAGCUCAAUCCAGCCAAGUGUGCAUUUGGAGUUCCAUCUGGGAAACUUCUAGGGUUUAUAGUUAGUCGGCGAGGAAUUGAAUUAGACCCCUCCAAGAUAAAAGCCAUUCGGGAAUUACCGCCCCCGAAGAACAGAACUGAAGUCAUGAGUCUUCUUGGUAGGUUGAACUACAUCAGUAGGUUCAUCGCUCAACUCACCACUACAUGUGAGCCCAUAUUCAAACUGUUGAAGAAGGAUGCCGCUGUCAAGUGGACAGACGAGUGUCAAGAGGCUUUUGAUAAGAUUAAGGAAUAUUUAUCUAACCCUCCAGUGCUUGUCCCGCCAGAACCGGGUAGGCCUUUGUUUUUGUAUCUAUCAGUGAUGGAUAACUCCUUUGGUUGCGUUCUAGGACAACAUGAUGCCACAGGCAAGAAGGAACAAGCGAUCUAUUAUUUGAGCAAGAAGUUCACAAGCUAUGAGAAACCUAUGCCGAGUGGAAGGUUAGCAAAGUGGCAGAUUUUACUUACGGAGUUUGACAUUGUCUAUGUCACCCGCACCGCUAUAAAAGCACAAGCAUUGGCCGAUCAUUUGGCAGAAAACCCAGUUGACGAUGAGUAUGAGCCUUUGAAUACUUACUUUCCUGACGAAGAGAUUAAUUCAGUUGAGGAAGAAGUUCGCGAUGACAGUCAUGUCUGGAAAUUAUACUUUGAUGGAGCGGUCAACAUUAAAGGUGUCGGGAUUGGGGCAAUUCUUAUUUCACCAAUGGGGCAUCAUUAUCCCGCCACGGCACGACUUCGUUUCUUCGGUACCAAUAAUACAGCGGAAUAUGAAGCUUGCAUAAUGGGUUUAAACAUGGCAAUACAUCUGGAUGCACAUGAAUUAAUAGUUUUUGGAGAUUCUGACUUACUCAUUCGGCAGGCUCAGGGUGAAUGGGAAACUCGAGACAUCAAGCUCAUUCCGUACAAACAAUGUUUGGAGGACCUUAGCAAAAGGUUUAAGUCAAUUGAGUUCAGAUAUAUUCCCAGAUUUCACAAUGAGUUGGCUGAUGCUUUGGCCACUUUAGCCUCAAUGCUUCCAUACCCAGGCAAUGCUUACAUUAAUCCGUUGGAGAUUCAGAUUAAGGAUCAACAUGGUUAUUGCAAUACAAUUGAAGUAGAGCCAGAUGGUGAGCCAUGUUGUCUGGACUGUCAGGGGAUGGGUUAUGAGCAAUUUGCUAGAGAGGUGCCUACCUUCGCACGCCACUUCACAGCAGAACUGAAGCAGAUAUAUCGCAUGUUAGGGGGUCAGCCUGGGCUAGAAGCACCGUGA